GUAAACUUCUUUGUUGUAAACUUCUUACAUGAUACUAUUAUAAACUGAUGACAUUGUCAAUCUGUUUAGACACUAACUUUUGUCAAUGUAUCAAAAUGUAACCAAAAUAUUUUACUGUUAAUUUAGCUUAUUAAAACCUUAUAUUCUUUAGGUUUUGUCUUAUUUCAAUUUAAUAAGCUAAAUAAAAGCAACAUGGAUAAAUAUCUUCGCCCUGAAAGAUUUGAUAUCGACCCGUCAAAUAGCUCUGGUACGAAAGCUUGGAUACACUGGCAUAAGACUUUCGAAAACUUCAUUUUCGUGCAGAAACCGACCGCUCCAGAAACAGAUGCACAGUCGGUUCCUCCGCCAGAAAAAUGGGACAGCAUAAAGUUUCAGCUUUUGAUAAAUCAUAUAUCACCAAAUAUCUACACAUAUAUAAGCGAAGCCACGAACUACGAAGAAGCGAUCACAAUACUGCAAAAACUGUAUGUAAAACCAAAAAAUCUGAUUUUUGCUAGACACAUGUUAGCAACAAGGAAACAACGACCAGAAGAAAGUAUCGACAUAUAUUUACAAGCUUUGAAACUACUUUCUAAAGAUUGUGACUUUGCGGCUGUUGAUGCAGAAUCAAACAAAAACGAUAGCGUGCGUGAUGCUUUCAUAUCCGGUAUAUCAUCGCAUAAAAUCAGACAAAGGCUUUUAGAAAACUUAAAUCUAACACUUGAUCAAGCUUAUAACCAAGCACUCUCUCUAGAAACUGCAGAGAUCAACUCUCAAAGCUUCCAUACUGUGUCUUUAAAUGCCGUUGAAGAAGAACCUAAAUUAGUCUGUACCAAAUCACAAACUGUGCACGACGAGACCUGCUCUUCUGUUAAUAAUCCUCGGCGACGAAAAUGUUUCUUUUGUGGGGGACAAAUACAUCCUCGUAAGAACUGCCCUGCAUUUGAAAAGUCUUGUCAGCUCUGCAACAAGAAGGGGCACUUUGCCACUGUUUGCAGAAGCUCUUCUAAACCUACAAAUUGUAUGGUAGUAGGUACUGAAAAUCUUUCUUGUAUCACAGCAGCCUCACCUUAUUCAUUAUACAAAGCAACUGUACCCGCGUAUAUUCGAGAUAUAAGAGCAGAGGCACUUCUCGACACGGGCAGCUCCAUCAGUUUUAUAAAUGACAGUUUUGCAAGACUAUGCGGGUUAAAAAGAAAAUCCUGCAAUCAGAUUAUUUCUAUGGCCUCUCUUAAUCAUACUUCACAAGUAGAAGGUCAAACUUUGCAAAGCCUGAAAAUUGGAAAUCAUAAAUAUGAUAACGUGAAUCUUCUUAUCGUGAAAAAUCUUUGUGCUGAUAUAAUUAUCGGCCAUGACGUCCUCAAAGAACAUUCAUCGCUAGAGUUCUCUUUCGGUGGGCCAAAACAUCCACUUCAAGUAUGUAACGUAGCCGAAGCAUCAGUACCAGCUGUACCGCUUUUUGCAAAUGUAUCUCCCAACUGCAAACCUAUUGCUAUUAAGUCUCGAAGGCACAGCAAAGAGGAUAGUGAAUUUAUUAAAGAGGAAUACAGGAAUUUUUACAUGUUCGAGGUAUUGCCACUAGUAGAACUACAGCUUAUAACCCUCAAGGUAAUGGUAAAAUAG